UGCAUCGCCCCAGCAAUCCAGAAUGGAAGAAAAGUAGCUGGACGUGGACCUGUCUACAGACCCAGGGACACGGUUAGGUUUGAAUGUGAUCCUGGCUACACCCUGAGCGGCAGCCGUCAGAUUCAGUGCCGAGAUGAAGGAAUCUGGGAUCCUCCUGUUCCAGCCUGCACACAGACAACAUGCGUAAGCCCAGAAGUGGAGCAUGGAAGAACAAAUGGGGUACAGCGUGCCUACAGACCCAGAGACAUGGUUGUGUUUGAAUGCGACGCUGGUUACACCUUGAGUGGCAGCGCUGAGACGCAGUGCCAAGAUGAUGGUAGAUGGGAUCCUCCUGUCCCCACCUGUGAAAGAACGGUGCAGUGUGUCUCUCCUCCAGCCAUCGCCAACGGGAAGCCCAGUGGCCAGGCCUUGGCAGUGUUCACCAGUGGAAUGUCUGUAAAUUACAGCUGUGAGCCCGGCUACUCCGUAACUGGGCAGGCAUCUAUUUAUUGUACGGCAUCCGGAACCUGGAGCUCUCCCCCUCCUCGGUGUGAAGAGGUUCUCUGCAUCGCCCCAGCAAUCCAGAAUGGAAGAAAAGUAGCUGGACGUGGACCUGUCUACAGACCCAGGGACACGGUUAGGUUUGAAUGUGAUCCUGGCUACACCCUGAGCGGCAGCCGUCAGAUUCAGUGCCGAGAUGAAGGAACCUGGGAUCCUCCUGUUCCAGUCUGCACACAGGUGUUGCUGUGUCCCCCACCUCCGGUCAUCGUCAAAGGGAAGCACAAUGCCAAGCCUUUGGCAGCUUUCCCCAGUGGAACAUAUGCGAACUACAGCUGUGAACCUGGCUACACCCUCCGUGGAGAGGCUUCGAUCUAUUGUACCACAUCUGGAACUUGGAGCCACCCUUCUCCUCUAUGUGAAGAGGUUCUCUGCAUCGCCCCAGCAAUCCAGAAUGGAAGAAAAGUAGCUGGACAUGGACCUGUCUACAGACCCAGGGACACGGUUAGGUUUGAAUGUGAUCCUGGUUACACCCUGAACGGCAGCCGUCAGAUUCAAUGCCGAGAUGAAGGAAUCUGGGAUCCUCCUGUUCCAGCCUGCACACAGACAACAUGCGUAAGCCCAGAAGUGGAGCAUGGAAGAACAAAUGGGGUACAGCGUGCCUACAGACCCAGAGACAUGGUUGUGUUUGAAUGCGACGCUGGUUACACCUUGAGUGGCAGCCCUGAGACGCAGUGCCAAGAUGAUGGUAGAUGGGAUCCUCCUGUCCCCACCUGUGAAAGAAAGGUUCUCUGCAUCGCCCCAGAAAUCCAGAAUGGAAGAAAAGUAGCUGGACGUGGAGCUGUCUACAGACCCAGGGACACGGUUAGGUUUGAAUGUGAUCCUGGCUACACCCUAAGCGGCAGCCGUCUGAUUCAGUGCCAAGAUGACGGAAACUGGGAUUCUCCUGUUCCAGCCUGCACACAAGUGUUGCUGUGUCCCCCACCUCCGGUCAUCGUCAAAGGGAAGCACAAUGCCAAGCCUUUGGCAGCUUUCCCCAGUGGAACAUAUGUGAAUUACAGCUGUGAACCUGGCUACGCCCUCCGUGGAGAGGCUUCGAUCUAUUGUACCACAUCUGGAACUUGGAGCCACCCUUCUCCUCUAUGUGAAGUGUAA